AUGGCAGAUUUUCCGCCAUUGACGUCAUGGCGGCCGGAUGCGCUGGGCUUCAUCGGCACCAAGGAGGAAGAGAAGGGGGCAGAUACUCCACCCUACGGGUUUCGUUCUGAGAAUUGGCUGGCCCAUCCUGCAGCUGGCUUGGCCCAGGUGGGGGUGAUGUGGGUGCUUGCGGAUGUGCCCCAUUUAGCCCCCCUCCCAUUGAUUCACCGAUCAUCUCGCCUCCUGCACCGCCCACUCUCGGGCAUCCUCAUUGGCUGCGUGCUGCUUCUGCACUUGAGUCACUGUACGUCAUCCGUGCGCGGCUCCCCAUUGGCUCUCUGCUAUACCUGUCGCCGUCUCACCGCCUACGCCCCCCUGCUGUUCGCCGACGAGGCCCUGGGGCUGCCGCUGGCGCAGCUGCGCCGCUACCGGCCGUGGGGCGGGCCCGGGGCGGGCAAGAUGGCGGCGGCGGCCGGGCAAGAUGGCGACGGCGGCGGGGCUGACGAGGACGACGAUGGCGAGGAUGGGGAUGAAGGGGAGGAGGAAGAGGAGGCUUGCCCUGAGCCCUCGCCGCUGUGCCCCGUCCCCGCUGGCGGGGGGUUUUACCUGGUGCCCACAUUUUCGCUGCCGCCUGCGCCGGGCCGUCUGGAGCGCUUGGGGCGCGUCAUGGUGGAGCUUGAGGCGUUGCUGCCGCCUCCAGGAGCGGUCCCCGGGGGUGCCGGGGUGUGGGUGCCUGGGGGACGCCCGCCGGUGCUGCGCGGGUUGGUACGCGUGUUGAACCGCUCCUUUGAGAAGGCGGUGCACGUGCGGGCCUCACACGACGGCUGGGCUUCCUUCUGCGACCACCCAGCGCGCUACGUCCCUCGCAGCCCACCGGGGGCAGGAGCGGGAGGACCAGGAGCAGGAGAUCCCAUCCUGGAUCUGGGCCUGGGCCUGGGCCUGGGCUUGGGCCCUGGCCAGGCGUCCGCCUCCUCGCCCGACGACGGCGGCCGCACCGACCGCUUUGCCUUCCAGCUGCCCUUUGCUGAGGGCGCGGGCGAUGGGGCGCGCCUGGACUUCGUGGUGCGCUAUGAGACCCCCGAGGGCACUUUCUGGGCCAACAACCACGGCCGCAACUACACUGUCCUGCUACGGAUCGCACCCGCUCCCACACCCACUGAUGCUGAAGGGCUGCCCCAGCAGCAGCAGCUGCAGCAGCUGGAGCCACAGCCCGAGUGCCAGGGUCCCGUGGAGGCUGAGGCCAGGCAGCUGAAGAGCUGCAUGAAGCCGGUGAGGCGCAGGCCUAAUGAGGAAGAACUGAGGAUAAAGAACACCAAUGAUAACCCCCCUGCUGUGGAACACCCUGAUGUCCAGGAGUCAGUGGGUCCCCUGGUGGCCCCUACCCCUCUCCGUCCAUGGCCUCAGAUGACACUUCAGGUUCCUGAAGUUACAGUGACUCGAAAACCCCCAGAGGAAGGUGACGUCCCCAGAAGCAAUCCGCCUGUGGCUUUCACAGAGAUCCCCCAGGCACCGGUCAUCAGGAUUCUCCCCUCUUCCUCUCACUCCGGCCUGGGUGGCUCCCCCAGGGACCAGGCCUCAGGGCCUGAUGCAAGUGAGGGGGCAGCCGGGCCUCUCCUGGAACCCAGCCAGCACCAACAGGUGGAGGCCGCGUGGGAAGUAUCAAGUGAGAAUGGAGGGGGACGAAAGGACUCCAUGAUGGGGCCUAGUAUGGAUGAACCCCCUGGGGGUCUAGAGGUUGUGAGUGGGUUGGAGGAGCUGCUUGGCGAGGACACCAUUGACCAGGAGCUGGAGCAGCUCUACCUGUCUCACCUGAGCCGCCUGCGGGCUGCUGUGGCUGCAGGUGGGAUAGGAGGUGGUGGGGAGGGCCCCACAGAUUGGGGGGUGUCCCCAAGCCAUCCCCUGGGCAUACUCACGGACCGCGACCUGAUCUUGAAGUGGCCUGGCCCUGAGCGGGCUCUGAACAGUGCCCUGGCUGAGGAGAUCACACUGCACUAUGCCCGGCUGGGGCGUGGUGUGGAGCUUAUCAAGGACACUGAGGACCCUGAUGAGGAGGGGGAGGGCGAAGAGGGGCUCUCCAUUAUACCCUCCAGCCCAGAAGGGGAUACCUCCAAGGAAUCGCCUCCAGAAAUCCUCUCUGGGGCCCAUUCUGUGGUAGCCACUAUGGGAGAUGUGUGGCUCCCAUGGGCAGAGGGCUCAGGAUGUGACAGCCCUUUGGUUCUAGGUACAGAGGGUCAGUUUGCUGGGGCUCCAGAAAAGGGGUUUGGCAAGGACACUGCUUCUUUGCACAUGAAUAAGGUGACAGCUGGGGUGACCAUGUCCCUGGUGGGGGAAGAAGGCCAGAAGGAGUUUACCACUGAGUGGGCAGGCAGCUUGGUUCCUAUAUCUGGCAAGGAGCCAGCUGCUCCAGCCCUACAGGGGCAAGGUCUCAGCCUCCUUGGUCCCUUGGGGGCUGAAGUCUGUCCUUCCAGCCUGGCCAGGCCCCAUGUGAGCUCCCAGGAUGAAGAGGGUGCAGGCCCAAGCCUUGAGCCCCCGAAGAGGUCUCCCACCUUAACAGCCCCUGCAGAAUGUGUGUGUGUAUUGCCUCCCCAGCUCCGGGGUCCCUUGACCCAGACUCUGGGGGUCCUGGCGGGGUUGGUGGUCGUCCCUGUGGCUCUGAAUAGUGGUAUGUCCCUCCUGGUGCUUGCACUGUGUCUCUCUCUGGCCUGGUUCUCGUAGGAGUUGCUUGUGGGGAGCAGCAAUAGCAGGCUUCCCUCUCCCUGGGAUCUGGGGAGAGGCAGUCCCUGCACCACCCCCAGGGGCUUCAGAUGGGAUUUGUGGCUUAUAUAAGUGAGGAAUCUUUUGCUUCUGAGGAUGCUCGACUGGAGAGAGACCUUGCCAUUCCCGAGGUCUUGUCAGCACAGGGCUCCCUGUGGUGAUACCAGUGGAAGGGAGCAGGGGAUGGUGGAUGGUGUGGGAUAACUUUCAGAAAGGAAUGGGCAUGUCCCCUCCUCAAGCCUGUAUUUAUUUUUGUAUAAUUCUCUGGAUGAGGGAGAGUGGUCGUGAGCUGGUCUUGGGGCACAAUUACCCAGAGAUAUAUUUAUUAACAGCCAACCUGUGCAACCUGCUGGAGCUUUAUUUUUAAUUUAAUUUAUAUAGAGUACCUAUUAUUAUAUGCCACAAUAGAGCUCUAUGAGAAAUGAUGUGUCUUUCUGUGCCAUGUUCUCCUGUUUGGGUCUGAGCUUACAGGGUGGUCGUGUUCUGUGGGAGGGGACAGGGUGGGGGACAUGGUUAUGCCUGCUGCUGCUGCUGCUGCUUCAAUAUGUCCUUGAGGAUCUGUGUCACCUCACCUCAUGGGCCUCCUCUGAGUGGUCUGGUGGUCUUUGGGUGGAGGGCAGUAGGUCCUUUGGUCUUUUCCAUAUUCUGCCAGGGAGGGAAGAAUAGUGGUUGCCAUAUGAGGGUUUGGUGUCAAACACGUGGCUGCAGUGGUGGAUGUGGUCCGCUAUAGAUGUGGGAUACCGGUUGUGAAUCAGCCACAAGUUUUGAGGUUACCAGAAAAAAAAACCAGCCUUUGACACCAGGAGGGAGACUUCUCUCCUACUCCACCCCCCAGACUGGGAAGGUCUCAGAAAGGACAGAGGAGUUAAUGUGCUGGGAAGAAUUCAUACCGGAGUUGCUGUCCAUAGACCUUGCAUUUCUAACUCAAAACAGGAAACUCAGAACCUUUGACAGAAAGGAUAGAUAUAUUUACUGCAUGCAAAUAAAAAUAUCUGCAUAGCAAAAUGAAA